AUGUUUGAGAUGACUGAGAAUGCUUCAGUCCGGUCCAUGCUGCACUGGUGUCACUGCACUGGUGUCACUGCACUGGUGUCACUGCACUGGUGUCACUGCACUGGUGUCACUGCACUGUGUCGCUGCACUGGUGUCACUGCACUGGUGUCACUGCACACUGGUGUCGCUGCACUGGUGUCACUGCACUGGUGUCACUGCACAGGUGUCGCUGCACUGGUGUCACUGCACUGGUGUCGCUGCACUGGUGUCACUGGUGUCGCUGCACUGGUGUCGCUGCACUGGUGUCACUGCACUGGUGUCACUGCACUGGUGUCGCUGCACUGGUGUCGCUGGUGUCGCUGCAAUGGUGUCGCUGGACUGGUGUCGCUGGACUGGUGUCGUUGGUGUCACUGCACUGGUGUCGCUGCACUGGUGUCACUGCACUGGUGUCGCUGCACUGGUGUCACUGCACUGGUGUCACUGCACUGGUGUCACUGCACUGGUGUCACUGCACUGGUGUCGCUGCACUGGUGUCGCUGCACUGGUGUCGCUGCACUGGUGUCACUGCACUGGUGUCACUGCACUGGUGUCGCUGCACUGGUGUUGUUGGUGUCACUGCACUGGUGUCGUUGGUGUCACUGCACUGGUGUCACUGCACUGGUGUCGCUGCACUGGUGUCACUGCACUGGUGUCACUGCACUGGUGUCGCUGCACUGGUGUCACUGCACUGGUGUCACUGGUGUCACUGCACUGGUGUCACUGGUGUCACUGUACUGGUGUCACUGGUGUCACUGCACUGGUGUCACUGCACUGGUGUCACUGCACUGGUGUCACUGGUGUCACUGCACUGGUGUCACUGCACUGGUGUCACUGGUGUCACUGCACUGGUGUCACUGCACUGGUGUCACUGGUGUCACUGCACUGGUGUCACUGCACUGGUGUCACUGGUGUCACUGCACUGGUGUCACUGCACUGGUGUCACUGGUGUCACUGCACUGGUGUCACUGCACUGGUGUCACUGCACUGGUGUCACUGGUGUCACUGACCUCCUCUCUCCUCCUCACGUCCUUCCUCUCUUCCUCACCUCCAUUCUCUUCUCCUCAGACCUCCUCCUCAACUCCUCUCUCCUCCCCAGACCUCCUCUCUCUCCUCACGUCCUUUCUCUCCUCCUCACGUCCUUCCUCUCUUCCUCACCUCCAUUCUCUUCUCCUCAGACCUCCUCCUCAACUCCUCUCUCCUCCCCAGACCUCCUCUCUCUCCUCACGUCCUUUCUCUCCUCCUCACGUCCUUCCUCUCUUCCUCACCUCCAUUCUCUUCUCCUCAGACCUCCUCCUCAACUCCUCUCUCCUCCCCAGACCUCCUCUCUCUCCUCCCCAGACCUCCUCUCUCUCCUCCUCAGACCUCCUCUAUUUCCCCCUCACCUCCUCUCUCCUCCCCAGACCUCCUCUCUCCUCACGAAAAAGACAAAAACAGGAGAUAGCAAGCAGUCAGAAGCAGGAGCGGGAGACACCUCCUCUCUCUCCUCCUCACGUCCUUCCUCUCUUCCUCACCUCCUCUCUUCUUUUCAAACCUCCCCCUCUGCUCCUCACCUCCCCUCUCUUCCUCUGCCCUCACCUCCUCUCUCUCUUCCUCUGCCCUCACCUCCUCUCUCUCUUCCUCUGCCCUCACCUCCUCUCUCUCUUCCUCUGCCCUCACCUCCUCUCUCUCUUCCUCUGCCCUCCCCUCCUCACCUCCUCUCUCUCUUCCUCUGCCCUCCCCUCCUCACCUCCUCUCUCUCUUCCUCUGCCCUCACCUCCUCUCUCUUUUCCUCUGCCCUCACCUCCUCUCUCUCUUCCUCUGCCCUCACCUCCUCUCUCUCUUCCUCUUCCCUCACCUCCUCUCUCUCUUCCUCUGCCCUCCCCUCCUCACCUCCCCCCUCUCUUCCUCUGCCCUCACCUCCUCUCUCUCUUCCUCUGCCCUCACCUCCUCUCUCUCUUCCUCUGCCCUCCCCUCCUCACCUCCUCUCUCUCUUCCUCUGCCCUCCCCUCCUCACCUCCUCUCUCUCUUCCUCUGCCCUCACCUCCUCUCUCUUUUCCUCUGCCCUCACCUCCUCUCUCUCUUCCUCUGCCCUCCCCUCCUCUCUCUCUUCCUCUGCCCUCACCUUCCCCCUCUCUUCCUCUGCCCUCACCUCCUCUCUCUCUUCCUCUGCCCUCACCUCCUCUCUCUCUUCCUCUGCCCUCCCCUCCUCUCCUCUUCCCUCUUUUCCUCAGACCUCCUCUCUCUCCUCUUCCCUCUUUUCCUCACCUCCUCCUCACUUCCUCUGUCUCCUCCUCACCUCCUCUGUCUCCUCCUCAGACCUCCUUUCUCUCCUCCUCAGACCUCCUCUGUCUCCUCCUCAGACCUCCUCUUCCCUCUUUUCCUCACCUCCUCCUCACCUCCUCUGUCUCCUCCUCACCUCCUCUGUCUCCUCCUCAGACCUCCUCUCUCUCCUCCUCAGACCUCCUCUCUCUCCUCUUCCCUCUUUUCCUCAGACCUCCUCUCUCUCCUCCUCAGACCUCCUCUCUCUCCUCUUCCCUCUUUUCCUCACCUCCUCCUCACCUCCUCUGUCUCCUCCUCAGCCCUCCGGAGGUGGGUCUGACAGAGAGUCCGUCCUGGAUGACGGCUAAAGCUCAGGAGAUGUUCCAGAAGACGGGGAACUGGAGUCCAGAGCGAGCCUCCCCUGAGGAGCUGGACCACCCCCACCAGGUACAACCAUGUGGCAUCACUACCAUGUGA